AGGACGAGGUGGAGGAGGAGGUGCCGCCCGAUCACCGUCCUGCCCCCCGCACCUUCCGCACCGCCCCCCGCGACCUCCGCCUCCUAGAGCGCGCCCCGGCCGCGCGGCGCCUGCAGUCCGGGUGCUUCGCCUGCCCGGCCGGCGUAGGCCCGGCUCAGCCCGGCCCCGGGACCGCCGCUGCCCGCGGGCGGGGGCACCCGGGCCGCCGGGGCGAUGCGUGGUCCCUGGCCCCGGGAGGUGGCCACCCUGGGGCCGUCGGGAUGGAGGUGAGAAGACGGCCGUGAAGCGCGCCCGCGCGCUCCCCUGCACCCACAGCAGCCCGCAGCGCUCCCUGCCCCCCUCCCCCGCGGCGGCUGGCCUUGCCGUCGAGUGACAGCAGCCUGGGGGGGCAGGGGGGGCGGGGGCGGCCGGACCAGAGAUGCCGGCGGGCAUGACGAAGCAUGGCUCCCGCUCCACCAGCUCGCUGCCGCCCGAGCCCAUGGAGAUCGUGCGCAGCAAGGCGUGCUCGCGCCGCGUCCGCCUCAACGUCGGGGGGCUGGCGCACGAGGUGCUCUGGCGCACGCUGGACCGCCUGCCCCGCACACGACUGGGCAAACUCCGCGACUGCAACACGCACGACUCGCUGCUCGAGGUGUGCGACGACUACAGCCUCGACGACAACGAGUACUUCUUUGACCGCCACCCGGGCGCCUUCACGUCGAUCCUCAACUUCUACCGCACUGGGCGGCUGCACAUGAUGGAAGAAAUGUGCGCGCUCAGUUUCAGUCAGGAGCUGGACUACUGGGGCAUCGACGAGAUCUACCUGGAGUCCUGCUGCCAGGCCCGCUACCACCAGAAGAAGGAGCAGAUGAACGAGGAGCUCAAGCGUGAGGCAGAGACCCUCCGGGAGCGGGAGGGCGAGGAGUUCGAUAACACAUGCUGCGCAGAGAAGAGGAAAAAGCUUUGGGACCUACUGGAAAAGCCCAAUUCCUCCGUGGCUGCCAAGAUCCUUGCCAUAAUUUCCAUCAUGUUCAUCGUCCUCUCCACCAUCGCUCUGUCACUCAACACGCUCCCCGAGCUACAAAGCCUUGACGAGUUUGGCCAGUCCACAGACAACCCCCAACUGGCCCAUGUGGAGGCUGUGUGCAUUGCAUGGUUCACCAUGGAGUACCUCCUGCGGUUCCUUUCUUCACCCAAGAAGUGGAAGUUCUUCAAGGGCCCGCUCAACGCCAUUGACUUGUUGGCCAUCCUGCCCUACUACGUCACCAUCUUCCUCACUGAAUCCAACAAGAGCGUGCUGCAGUUCCAGAAUGUCCGCCGUGUGGUCCAGAUUUUCCGCAUCAUGCGUAUUCUCCGCAUCCUGAAGCUUGCACGCCACUCCACUGGCCUCCAGUCCUUGGGCUUCACCCUGCGGAGGAGCUACAAUGAGCUGGGCUUGCUCAUCCUCUUCCUCGCCAUGGGCAUCAUGAUCUUCUCCAGCCUUGUCUUCUUUGCCGAGAAGGAUGAGGAUGACACUAAGUUCAAAAGCAUCCCAGCCUCUUUCUGGUGGGCCACCAUCACCAUGACGACUGUUGGGUAUGGAGACAUUUACCCCAAGACUCUCCUGGGGAAAAUUGUGGGGGGUCUCUGCUGUAUUGCGGGGGUCCUGGUGAUUGCUCUUCCCAUCCCCAUCAUUGUCAAUAACUUCUCUGAGUUCUACAAGGAGCAGAAGAGGCAGGAGAAAGCGAUCAAGCGGAGAGAGGCUCUGGAGAGAGCCAAGAGGAAUGGCAGCAUUGUAUCCAUGAACAUGAAGGAUGCUUUUGCUCGGAGCAUAGAGAUGAUGGACAUCGUGGUUGAGAAAAAUGGGGAGAAUAUGGGUAAGAAGGAAAAGGUACAAGAUAACCACUUGUCUCCCAACAAAUGGAAAUGGACAAAGAGGACCCUGUCUGAAACCAGCUCAAGUAAGUCCUUUGAAACCAAGGAGCAGGGAUCCCCUGAGAAGGCCAGAUCAUCUUCUAGUCCCCAGCACCUGAAUGUCCAGCAGUUGGAAGACAUGUAUAAUAAGAUGGCCAAGACACAAUCUCAACCCAUCCUCAAUAUCAAGGAGUCAGCAACACAGAGCAAACCAAAGGAAGAACUUGAAAUGAAGAGUAUCCCCAGCCCCAUAGCCCCUCUGCCCACACGUACAGAAGGGGUCAUCGACAUGCGAAGCAUGUCAAGCAUUGAUAGCUUCAUUAGCUGUGCCACGGACUUCCCUGAAGCCACCAGGUUCUCCCACAGCCCUUUGGCAACACUGCCCAGCAAGACUGGGGGCAGCAUGGCCCCAGAGAUGAGCUGGCGGGGAGCUCUGUGUGCCAGUGGUGGUAGGUUUGUGGAGGCCAACCCCACCCCUGAUGCUAGCCAUCGCUCUGGUUUCUUCAUUGAGAGCCCCAAGAGUUCUGUUAAGACCAACAACCCCUUGAAGCUCCGAGCACUUAAAGUCAACUUCAUGGAGGGCGAUCCCAGUCCACUACUCCCUGUUCUGGGCAUGUACCACGACCCUCUUAGGAACCGGGGGGGUGCUGCAGCUGCUGUCGCUGGACUGGAGUGUGCCACACUCUUGGACAGGCCUGGGCUCAGCCCAGAGUCCUCCAUCUACACUACAGUGAGUGCUAGGACACCCCCUCGGUCGCCUGAGAAACACACAGCAAUAGCAUUCAAUUUCGAAGCGGGUAUCCACCAGUACAUUGAUGCAGACACAGAUGAUGAGGGGCAGCUGCUCUACAGUGUGGACUCCAGCCCUCCCAAGAGCCUCCAUGGGAGCACCAGUCCCAAGUUCAGCAUCGGGACAAGAUCAGAGAAGAACCAUUUUGAAAGCUCCCCCUUACCCACCUCACCUAAAUUCUUAAGGCAGAACUGUAUUUACACCACAGAAGCAUUGACUGGAAAAGGCCCCAGUGGUCAGGAAAAGUGCAAACUCGAGAACCACAUCUCCCCCGACAUCCGUGUGUUGCCAGGGGGAGGAGCCCAUGGAAGCACACGGGAUCAGAGCAUCUAAACUAAUCCACCACAGAAGACAGACUUGUGGGCAUGGUCCAGAGAGAAAUGCUGUUCAGCUUACCUGCCAUAGAGCUUUUCUGCGUGAACUCUGAAGUGGAAAGGCCCUGCAAAGCCCCAGAAAGAAGAGAGAUUCCAGAGAGGGCUUCCUAAGACCUUGAAGCCAUGACUGGCCCAUCGGAAUGAAGUUGGCCAACCCGUAGGAUAUGGCACCUCCAAGUAACAACUCUACUGCCCUCUUUGGGAGAUGGCAUAAGCAGAACUCACAGCCACCACUAUCACCAUCCUACACGUAACCGAGGCCACUACUUCCCAUCCUUCUUCCAUGGGUCUCCAUCGCAGCCCAUGAGAGUAACAUCUCUAGCCCUCUUGGGUCCAACUGGAGAAGGAUGCUAGACCAAAUGGCUGGAGUUGAAAGAGUGGGUUGACCAAUUUGGCAUUGGGUGCCACCUGGCCACCUCUAGGAAUGCCUGCCCAUCACCUCCUGGGGAUGGAUUCCACCAUUAGAAGGCUAUAGGGAUUGCUUGUGUCAUGGAAAUCUCUGUGCCAUAAGCCAUGAUCCCAGUGCAAAACCCUUACUCACAUGUCUUCAUUGACUUCAGUAUUCUGUAGUACCUGAGAUUUUAUUUUGCGAUAGCAUCAGGGUGAGUUGCACCACUUGUACUCAAUUCUAAUUGCCCCCUGGCAAUCUGGAAGGGGUUUGGAAGGCUGGCACUCAGCCAAUGGUAUGAACUCUGAGCAUUGCUUUAGGGUUGUAGGAGGAAAAUGCUUUCUGUACAUCGCUAGUGUAGGCUCAAAGAUAUGCAAGUGUCAAAUAUGCAAAAGAAAUAGCUUAUUCAAAAAGACUGUAUGUUACUGAAGAACAGCAUAAAAACCUGUUUUUUUAAAAAACUACAAAAAUGAAAGAAAAUAUAACCACCACCAUCCCUGCCCCCCCCCCCCCCCCAAUUGAAAUGCCCAAUUCAGACUUUUGAAUACUUCCUGCCGUGGCAAGGAAAGUACCUAUAUAAUAGAAAUUUUGUUUUAUUUGUUUCCUGUGCUAUUUGAGCUGGAAAAAAAAAGGUAUAAUAAAAAGCACUUUAAGUUUUUCAAAAAUAGGUUCUACCAGGGACAAUGUCAACAUCUUGCACUUUAAAAUAAGCACUAUUUUCCCGUGGGCCACUUGUUGGGACUGAGGUUGGAUUGUUGCUACCUGCCCGUUUCUGGCCACGGUGGGUGACGUUGUGCUGGUAUUGCUGUCUGCCAUGUCAAAGUCUGUGGGCUCCUUCUCUGCCCUGCUGAAGCUUCCCCUUAACCCCAUGGGUCAGAAAGGUUUCUUGGCCCUUGGCUGGGGCCUCUCAUCAAGUCAUGUGUACAGGAGACGUGCACAUCUUGGAAGAACGCAAUGGACAGUCGGGCGUUGGGUGUCUUACUCUGUUCUCUUUCUUGUCAACCAGCCAUUGGUGUGUUUUCAGUGUCACUGUCUGUACAAAAAGCUCAGCUCUCCUUUCUGCAGCCAUCGAUGCAGCCAGUACAGACAAAAGCAAUAAGUAUUUGUGUGCAUCGUGAGUGGUUCUGGUGUGUAUCCUUAGUGUUGGCCUUCCUGUCCUAGUAUGAUGACCUGGCCCUGCCCUGCCUGAGUCUAGUCCAAAGGCACAGUGCUGCUGGCCAUUCCUCAGUGCAGCAACUUGGUGGUGGGCCACUGGUUAACACAAUGCCAUAGUGUUGGCUUAUCUGUCGGGAAAGAUACAUGUUGUUGGUCUGCUUGUCUUUAGUACAAUGGAAUGAUGUUGUUCUCUUAAUAUAAUGUCAAUGGAUGAUGUCUCAAGUACAAUGUCAUGGUGUAGACCUGCUCACCGUCAAUAUAGUGCCAGGCAUAUGUCUUCCUGAUGGACCAAAGACACGGCAUUGGUUCUCUUGUCCUUGAUACGAUAUGUUGUUAGUAUGACAUGAUCCACCUGUCAGUACCCAAAUAUCAUGGCAGUACAAUGGCAGGAAGUUGGCCCACCUGUCACUGGUAUAAUGACAUAGCGUGUCUUCUCUGCUGCAUAUGUACCCAGUUUGUACUGCUUCUCAGCAUCUCCGGGGUCUGUGGAGCCCUCCCAGAGGGUGCUGGUCCUGUUCUUUGCUGUGUUAACAAGGAAAACAAGUCGUUGACUUUUCCGAAGUAUCUUCAGAGUACUCCCCCAGCAAAUGCAAAGGGACUUGAGGGGCAGGGCAAGUGUGAGGUUGUCCUGCGUUUGUUGGCACCCAAGAGCGAGGAGGCAGCAGCUUUUCUAGGGCUCCGUUCCUGGCUGGGGGCCUAUGGAGGAACGACCGCGAGCAGUUCUCCGCCAGCCAUCUUUCGUGUCUCCUCUUCGUUUUCAUCGCCAUUUACGUCCACCAUCAGCACAAAAGUGAAAAUUCAGGGAAAACAAACAAAUGCUUUUUGAUAAAAGUAAAUAGUUGUGAUUUCCGAUUCAGAUAUUUUUAGAGCUGAUGCUAUCUGUAAAAAUUAAUGAUUAUAAUAAUAAUAUAGUCUAUUUUACAUAUCAGGAAAGUGAACAUGUUGAAUAUAGCCAUAUAUAGCGAGAAGGAACUUACCACCCCUUCUUCAAAUCAAGGCAUUUCAUUUGUAGGCUGAAGCAGACAAGAAGUGUACAGACUGGAAAUGAUUUCUUUCUUUGUUUUUUUUUGUUUGUUUGUUUGUUUUUUCUAAUAACCAAUUGGUGCAACUCUCCUUGUAACCAAAGGCCCUUUCUGCCUUGUAUGGUCAAGUAGGACCUGGUCCUUCCUUUCUUGUGUAUUUUGCCUGACCUUAAAGUAGCAUUUUAUUGAGUCACUUUUGAAGGACGAAUUCAGAAGUAACAUUAAGAACCUACCUUUUCGGGCUUACCAGCCAGAGUCCUAUAGAGUUCUUAUAGAAACAGAAUAACUGAAACUCAGCAUAUACUAUGCUUAGAAAGCAUGUUGGUUUUGUUUUUUCCUUUACCUCGUGUGUGUGCGUGUUGUGGGAAUGUAGCUUUUACCCUGUGCUCAAUUCAAAAUAGAGUAUUUUAAGUUUUCACAGCCCCCAACCCACCGAAAAGGAGCAUACCCAGAUUUCUAACGUGCAUACAUCCGGCAUGUACAUAUGUACGUGUAGGUACACACCCUGGGAAAUCUACCUAAGAGUCUACACUGAGCAGCUAAACCUGACAGCUGAACCGGGUCUGGAGAGAAAAGAGAAAAGCAACUGAUUGGAAGCAAAUUCUGCUUUAACUUGCUUGUUCUUUUCCCACCCAUCCCUGAAGCAACGAAAGCAGAAAGGAACAAGUCAACCCAAAGAAACAAAACUGGGAUCUAGAGGUGAGUGGAUGCCUGGCCCUUUUGGCGAAUUCAGUGAAACUCAUCAAGAUCCCCGAAUCUGAGUUCCAACUUCCACCAUUAUCAGAAAGGGCUAGGGGCCAGGUAGCUGUAUGUACAAAUCACCCAGAGUCUGCAGCCAGAAGAGAGAGGUGGACAAGCUUUGGAGGAAACGGUUUAUUUACAUUUUUUCUCUUUGGACAAAGGAAAACAACAAGACUUCAGUGCAGUAGAUUUCUCAGUGCCUUCUUUAGGAAUUUUAUCUUAAGCACACUUCGUGGGAUAAGAAACAACAGCAAAAGAGAAAAGAAGAAAGAACAUUUGUUCCCACGAAGUCCCUUUCUCCAAAAGGACUGGGGAUCAAGAAGGAACAAGUUUAAGGAGAGGAAACAGCAAAAUCCUGAGGAGGCCAUUUCCUUUCAAACCCACCCACCUUGCCCCUGAGAAUUGCUGGUGAUAGAAACUUCUUCAAACUGACUCCCAACUUCUCCUCCACCGGGUCCUGGUACUGUAGCCUCGUUUCUGCCCUUCCUUCUAGCAAGCUCCACAUUUCUAAGGAGAAAGAAAAAAAAAACACGACACAGUAUUCUCUUCUGUAAAACUGUAAUGUACUGUUGAUAUUUGUAACUAUUGUAUAAUUCUGUCUUGUUCCAGUCGUGGCUGGAGUGUCUAAUUCAUAAACAAGAAGAAAUUUAAAGUUCACUACCGAUAAGGGUCACUAAAGCCAGGUCCCAAUCUCUCUCACUCUUUCUCUCUCUCUCUCUCUCUCUCUCUCUCUGUCAACAAGUCUCAAAGAAACGUAACCCCAGGCUUUUCAACUGCAAGUCAGUAACUUUGGGUCAAUGAGAGCUUGGCAGGAAGCCUCCAGGACAAGCUCCUUUGGGAAAGGGCUCUUCCUAUGGCUGUGAAAUUGGCAGGAUGAGGAAGGGGCUCCCCUGCGUCCCCCAGCAGGACCGUAGAAAACCUCCAUCCCUGAGCUGAAGUUUCCUCGCCCAUCACCGCUUAUAAGACAGCAUCCAAACACUUUCACAUCACUCAGUCAGGGCCACCUACACCAGCCCUGGCUGUACCCAGAAACAGGAGUUGCCUCUUCAUUUUCUGUUGCCAUCUUUCUGGCUCUAGAAGUAUCUACAUCAUAGGAUAUCCACCUGUCUCAGAGUAGUCUAUUUUUUUGUUCAGAUAAAUAUAUAUAUAUAUAUAUAUAUAUACACAUAUACACAUAUAUAUGUAUUUUUAGCAAAUUUGUAAUAGGGUAGUUGAAUCCAAUUUCUUCUUUUGCAAUGCAGAAUAAUUUCUUAAGAGUUUUAUUGUUAAUGGUUAUUGUAGCUGAUAUUUUCUGGUCUUUUUCAGUUGCUCCCAUCACCCCCUGGGCUGUUUUUUCUUUUCUUGCUUUUGAUUCUAAUUAUCUGGGGGUAGGGAGAGACGUUGGGGUCUGAGCUACUCAGCAGACAUGCCCUGACGCUGGGCCUGGAGUCUGUCUGAAGCUGUCACUUUCCUCAUUCUGUCUGUGUUUCUUCUAUUUAUUGUUCCUAAGAAUGCAAGGCACAAAUGCACAAGUGAGUCCGCACAUGGGAUGCAGGGCUACAGAGGUCUCUCAAAAUCGGGAUGGGAUGGCACUGAUCUAUCUCAUAUCCUACACCCCUCUGGGGGAUCUGAAGGGACUUGAUUUUCUCAACCCCACAGAUCUUAAAAUAGAAAAUCUCAUGCAAACAAACUUCCUGUUGGCAUUUCUGAGCCCAGAAUCCCCCUAAGCUCCUCUCAACUGGCUGAGUUUCCAUGUCCAGCCCCCCGCUUCUCUGUAACACCAAUUGGAUCUGAAAGCCAGAGCACUUCCAGGUUCUUGCAAAUCUUGGAAGAACUUGCUGGGCUUCGGGUCUCAUUGAUUUUUCAUCAGUUCCUCAUUUCAAUCCAUCUCUAAUGACCUCACCAAAAACAUCUUGCAGUCAGAAACCUUUGCACCCAAACCCCAAGAAGAUGUGUCCCCACAAUCUGUUCUCUCAUCUCCCCUUCCCUUUCCAGCUGCCUGGCUCCAUAGAGCAGGAGAUUUGUGGCAAAGGUAGCGACAUUUUUCCAGCUUCCACUUUUCCAAGCCUCCAGGAGAUUCUGGACUGUCCUGAUAAUUAAUUCCACGAGGUGGUUUCCAGCCUCAGUGGACAGAGGACAUCUCACUAAGCAGGAUCUUCAGCAAAAAAUGAUUCUCCAUCCAUCAACUCACAGGAGAAGAAGAAGAAAGGCCAGAUAAUCCCCAAGUCAUGUUCCUUUUAGUUUUGAUGCCCCGUCUGCUUCACUGCCAGCUGUGGGGCUCUGGCCUGUGCCUGGAAUCAGAGAUUUGAGCCAAACCAGGACCCCUCAAUAGCAGUGAACCUGUGGGCUAAACCUCAGGAGGAAGCCAACCCAAAUAAAAACUUAUUAUUCUGAACCAUGAACCUAAUCAGAAUUCUCCCACCCCAUGCCCCACAUUCCAGAUGAUCUGACUUGAACCAGAGUCAAAUAAAACAGUCAAGAUUUUAUUUAAACUUUUGAUAAGAACCACAAAAACAAAAAAAAUGUCUCCCAGUAGUUUCCUUGCUUGGAUGCCCAAAUAAGGGAACACCGUUGUCUGUGGCUGUUUUCAUCUACAAAAUGGUCCUACAGUCUUGGUGUUUUAUUUUCCCCAGCUGCUAAAACAAAUACCAUACAAGGGGUUGACUUAACAACAGGAAUUUAUUGGCUCAAGGUUUCAGAGGCUAGAAGGCUUGCUUCCUCCCAGAUUAGGAUCUUACGGCUGGCUGGCCAUCUCUGGAGUUCCUUGGCUUUUCCUGCACAUAGCAAUGCUCAUGGUGGCGUCUUCUCCUUUCUCUUCCGGGUUCUGUUGACUUCCAGCUUCUGGCUACUCCCAUUGGCUUCUUUUUCCAUGUCCAAUUUCCUUUGCUUAUAAGGACUUCAGCCAUAUUGGAUUUAAGGCCCACCCUCGUUCAGUUUGGGCACACCUUAAUUAAUAACAUCUUCAACAGUCCUAUUUACAAAUGGGUUUGCACCCACAGGACCCAGGGUUGAGACCUUUUAUGAGGAACAUUAUGCCUUUUGUGGGGGGCAUAAUGCAAUCCCCAGCAAUGGAUUUCUUAUCAACUGCCCCUGAUACAGUCUUCACCUGGAAUUUCUCCUGAAUUUCCCAAAACUUGCAGAAUUGAAUUUGGAAGGGGCUCUGUUAAUCAAGUGGCCCCUUAUCUUCAUCUCUAAUUCUAAUUUCUCCAGUCCUCUCUGCAAAGUUCCAAAAAACAUCCCCUAAAGGCUGGCCAGGGUGGGAUGAAGGGGGCAGUUUACCUGAAGAAGAAAAUGCCCAGCUGCAGGAUGGCUGCAUGCAAGUCUGAAAGUUUCUCUUGCAUGAGAAGGACAGCAUGGUCCAUUUCAGCUCCAACCAAGGAAGCCCUUCUAAUAGGCUGGACUGUCUAAUCAUGGAACCCAAUGCCAGGGUGGGCAAGGAGCUCCCUUAUGCCACAGGUGUUUAAAGAGAGGUUAGAUUAUGCACAAGGUGGGAGUUGCCGAGGGACCCUAGCAUUGGACAGAAACUGAACUGAACAGCUUUGUUUCUUAAUGCGCACAUGUAAGUGGUUUGAACAUUCUGGGCACAGACUAAAAGCCAUUGCUGCAGAGACAGGGAGCACUGUUAGCAGGAACUCAACUUCUAGGAUUUGGGACUUUCAGAGGGGAUGCCGGAAAGGAAAGAUGGUGGCUGUACACCCUGCUUCCUCCCUGCUUCCUGUUGAUCUCCCAUCCAACCCAUCUCAGUGGCCUCACCAGGUACCACACUGGGAUGGGACUCAGGCCACCCUCCCCCAGGCCAGCCAAGGAGCAAUCUGUGAAGUCACCCAUCCCUGUCUGGCCAUCUCACAGUGCUUCAGCCCCUCUGCCCAGACCCCAGACCCUCAUGGGCCUGAGAUUUUCUGUAUAAGAGAAAUGUUAUCUUUUACCAACUAGCCUUCCUACCAAUGGACAAACUGCCUUAGGCACAGCAAAUGGCACCAUUCCACAAGGGCUUUUCUUUUCUGAUAAAUAAAACAGGAUAUCCCAUUCAAGACCUUUGGAAGUCCGCAGCCGCAAAGUACGUCCUAAAGGGCCAAAAGGGAGUGGCUGCUGUGAUCUAGUUUUAUAGCAAAACAAGGCUUGGGCUGCCUCCAAGCAGAAUGUCCCAGGCACCCACUUCUGUCUCUGUCGCCUUCUUCCCAAAUGGGUCUGGAUACUGAAACCUCCAAGGAGAACAUUUGGCCAGAGAGAUUUUAAAGCACCCCUCACCCCCAACUGUGUAUGGUCGAGUUGGAGAAAGAAAGAAUUCAUCCUGGGGUGAACCCAAGUCAAGCAGUCCUUAGGUGGUUUUAUUAUGGGAGAAGACAGGACAACGGGUUUGGAUGUCCUCCAACACAAAAUGAAACAGAGAACCAGUUUCCAAGACCAUGCCUUGAAGCCCUGUCCUGCAGGAAUAGCUCAAGUUAGCAGCUGCAAGGAUAGGAGGAGGCUUCAGAAAAUUGUGGGAAACUUCCAAUUCUGUCCUGUUAAGAUGCUCUCAAGGGCCAUGCAUGGAUGGCCCCACACGUCCUGCCUCUCAGCUCAAACAGAUUUGGAAAGAAAGGGGACACAGGAGAUGCCCAAGAUAUUAGGAUUUCUCCAUGGCUUGGCACAUGAAUCCCUGGUCUUCACUAGGGUUUCGGGCCCCCUCUUAGAUGCCAGGGAGCUCGGUGUGCCUGGAGUGGGGAGGGGUGGGGAGGAUCAGCAGCCGGCUGCGUGGAGCACCUCGCUCACUGCGUGGAGGCAGGCCCAGUGAAUCCCUUUGCUCUCCAGAUCUAUCCUGGCUUCAAUCCAGGAUCAGGGGCUAGAACCCCAUGGUCUGCCCCAGGAACUCAGGGUUGUCCUGCAAAGCCUGCCCUGGGCCAUAGUGGUCACACAAUUGUUCUUUAGUGAGUGAAUGUGUGAAUGAUUGACUUCUGAGUAAAUAAAUGGAUGAGUGAGUGUGUGAGAGAGCAGGGGAGUUAAUUCAUUCUUACCUGGGAAGGGAGGAGCAAUGAGGGCCCCCUUUCCUGCUGAAGCUCACAACUGCUCCACCAAUAUUAUUGGUUUUUUGAUUCAGUCCAGGGGCCACAGUGACAUCCAAAUUUGACACUCAUCUGCCCCAAGCUGAUAAGGAGCCACAGCCCUCUCAGAACUACACAUCCAGGGGAGCCCAUGGGGCAGCCCAAGCUUCCAUCCUACCCUCCUGCCCUGCAUUUUUCUGCCUCAUGUUCUAGUUUAGCUCACACAUGACCCAUGGGGAGACCACAGACAAAGUGGUUUUCCAAUGGGCUAAGGCAAGAGUCCAAAGCGGGGUUUCCCCUGGCCUGAGACUUGCUGGGGCAGGAACGCAGAAGCGAACAUCUGGAAAGUAGGUCUCAUUCCCUGAGCCAUGGGAGUGCAGCAGGAUAAGAGGGCAGCCUGUCCUCCAGCUUUUAGAGUCGAUGGUCUUCCUUUUCUCCGAGCCCCAAUGUCCCCCAUGAGAGCAUGCACCCUGAUCCCAUCAGCUAAGAACCUCUGUCUCUCCCAGGAACCUGUGAUGUGAGGUUUGGGCUUUUCUGCCAACAAAGCCAUUCUGAUUGCCCCAUCCAUGAUGGGGGUCAAACCAAACACAUUAGCCAUAAAUGACCAAUGUCCUUAGCUGCUCUUUUCCUGGGGUUGCGUUCAAUAGGUCCUGUUUAUCUCUCAUCAGUUGACGUCUCUAAUCCUUCCUGUAAAGGUGAAAAUGAACACUGCACAUACACAAGUGUGCACACACACGUGCAUGCACACACACACGCACAUGAGAAAACCAAACAAAAAUCCCAGUGUCUAUAUAUGCAUGUAGUGAGAUUAAAUUGUGAUCCUUGUGUGACCUCCAGCUGCUGUCCUGUCUUGUAAAAUAUGUCCAGAUGUUUAAGGAUUUCCAAGUAAAUGGUCCCUUAAUGAAGUCUGCAGAGUUCAAUAAAAAGGUAUGGAGAAAACAGGCUUGAUGGAGUUUGUUUUAUUCUCUGGAGGUCAAAGGAAG